AUAUGAGGCUGGCUUUUUUAAGAAAAAAAGAAGACAGAAAUAGAAUAGAAUAGAACAGAACAGAAUAGAAAAGUAUGAAAAUGGAAAAUGAUUGUAGGCAUGUUUUGAGGAAUGCCAACCGUUUUUCCUUGGAAUUAGCCUCUACCUUCAUUCCAUACUCUCUCUCUCUCUCUCUCUCUCUCUCUCCCGUGGCCUUGGGCCUUGCCUUCCUUCGCUCUCAAGUCUUAACGCCUUGCCUGCCUCCGUUGUUGCUGCUGCUGCUGCUGCUGUGUAUGAGUUAUUGUGUUGUUGUUUCCGGUCCCGUAUCAUCCAAACCAACAAACUAGCGAAGGUAGGCGCACAAGCAUACACAUUCACACUAGCAACAAUGAACAACAAGGCCUCCGUUUCCAAAGACCUCAACGCCAAACACCUCAAGAUUUUAGAAGGCCUUCUUAAGCUGCCACAAAACAGGGAAUGUGCUGAUUGCCGGAGCAAAGCCCCGCGAUGGGCUAGUGUCAACCUGGGAAUAUUUAUUUGCAUGCAGUGCUCAGGAAUUCAUCGGAGUCUUGGAGUGCAUAUAUCAAAGGUACGGUCUACAACUUUGGAUACAUGGCUGCCUGAACAGGUUGCUUUUAUGGAAUCCAUGGGUAAUGAAAAGGCAAACAGUUAUUGGGAAAAAGAAUUGCCACCAAAUUUUGAUAGACGUGGGACUGAGAAUUUUAUUCGUGCCAAGUAUGAGGGGAAAAUGUGGGUUUCGAAGAAUGCAAAACAACCAGCUCCUAAACCAGUAGAUAUGAGCAUCAGUUCUAACAGUUUGGUAAAGGGCGGAGCCACAUGUGGAGUUCCUAAGAAAACAAGGAGACAUUCUCUUGAGGAGGCAAUGCUUUUUACAAACCUGGCAGAAGCUGCUCCUACAGUGGCAAGAUCCCGUGGGGGUUCAUUAGAUUUGAAUCAUAAGUUUACUACGUCACCUCCAGCAAAGGGGCCACCACCAAUGAUGGAAUGUGAUACAGUCACAAAAAAGAUCAAUGGUACAACAGACCUAUUCAGCUUGCUUUAUGUUCAUGAUGCAAAGCAGAAGUACGCCGCUCCUCCGCUCUGGCAAACUUUUGAUUGAGAAGAUAAUUUAAGUGAAGCCCAUGGAAUUAAUUAAUGUUGAACCAGCUGUGGAAGUUAACGCCAUAGUUUAUAACUGAACUGGAGUGAACACUGAGUCUGUAUUUAUUCCUACCCUUAAAUUGUAGGGUUGGACAUUGGACAUCAAGGUUUGCUGUUUUAGUUGUCACACACUAACACCAUGCAUGGAAGAAGAAGAAAAUGGUAUCAAAUGAUAUGCAAGAAAGUUUUCAAACCGA